CCCGGAAGCGCUCGGCAAACUCCGUCCGUCUCUGAGGGAGUGAGAAGAUGGCGGCGGUGUCGGUGCUGCAGGCGCCGAGCGGCGGCUUCAGCUUCGAUAACUGCGCUCGGAACUCGCUUCUGGAGGCCGAGCUCUCGCAGAAGGGGCAGCGGCUCCCCGCCCCCCGCAAGACCGGCACCACCAUCGCCGGCAUCGUCUACAAGGAUGGCAUAGUCCUGGGAGCCGAUACAAGAGCAACUGAAGGAAUGGUUGUUGCUGACAAGAACUGUUCAAAAAUACACUUCAUUUCUCCUAAUAUCUACUGUUGUGGAGCAGGCACAGCUGCCGAUACUGAUAUGACAACACAGCUGAUUUCUUCCAAUCUGGAGCUGCAUUCACUAUCGACUGGACGACUUCCAAGGGUUGCCACAGCAAACCGAAUGCUGAAGCAAAUGCUUUUCAGGUAUCAAGGCUACAUUGGUGCAGCGCUGGUUCUAGGUGGAGUAGAUGUCACAGGCCCUCACCUGUACAGCAUCUAUCCCCAUGGAUCAACUGACAAAUUGCCUUAUGUCACCAUGGGUUCUGGGUCGCUGGCAGCUAUGGCAGUGUUUGAAGAUAAGUACAAACCAGACAUGGAGGAAGAGGAAGCCAAACAGCUUGUGAGAGAUGCCAUUGCAGCCGGCAUAUACAAUGAUCUGGGCUCUGGCAGCAACAUUGAUAUCUGCGUUAUAAGCAAGAACAAGCUGGAUUUUCUCCGUCCAUAUGAUGUGGCCAACAAGAAGGGGGACAGGUAUGGGAGGUACAAAUGUGAGAAAGGAACUACUGCUGUUCUCACUGAAAACGUAGCACUCCUGGAAAUUGAGGUGUUGGAUGAGACUGUACAAACCAUGGACACCUCCUGAACUACCCACCAGCCCUUCUGUUUCCAUGUCCCAGGCAAGCAGCACCAGUUAGUUUAGCAGCCUUCCAGCAUCAAGCACACGGCUGAUACACAAUAAAGAGGUUCUGAAUAUUC